CCCGUGCGCACCUCCGGCUCAAGGAUCUUUACGCAGAUUCACUCUGGAGGCUGACAUGACAGAGCUGCUCUAACGCCUUUCUCCUGUGUAUCCAGCGGCACAAGGAAGAAGAGUGGAGCGAGCAACAUGGAAGCACACGGGGACGAGCAUUUUGGCGUGUCAUUGAAAUCAGAGUGCAAACUGAUGGCUGGCCGCUUGUGUGCAAACUACUGAAGAAAGCCCAGAUACUAUCGUGCUGUGGAAAUGCAUGUGGGAGAUCACACAAACGAGGAUUCCUGGAAUUUAACGGUGAAUGCAGACAUUUGUUUUGUUGUAAAAAUUGACCCACAGAAGACCAGCUAACGGUUGGGAAGGAGCAUUUGGGAUAUAAGCGUUUGAGUAACCCUCUGUGGCAACUAUUCAGAAACAAGACAAGAGUCUGGAAGGAUUUACAAGCACUGUCAAUACAAAAGACUAUUAAAAAGAAACUGCUUAAUGAGGGAGGAAAUAACUAGAUAGGUGGGAGACUGGAAAAAGCGGAAAAGACAGAGAAAUUAAGGAAUUAUGUGUGUGCCUGUAUGCUAAGUAUACAUUUAAAUACUAACAAAGAGUAAAAUAGUUCCAAUUUAGGGUAGUGUACAGUUUUUCUAGCAAAAACAAAACUUUUUUUAGCGUUUUUGAAUUGCAGACAUUUUUUUUAAAAAGUCACCACAUGUGAUUUGGGUUUGGAAUUAAGUGGCUCCUCCCUGAUGUAAAGAUGUCAACAGGAUUUAUUAGAAAUUAUGAUCACUUAAACUCUCAUACAUCUUAUUUGCUUUCUGCCCCUAUUCGGACCCGGUUCCUUCUUGUCUCCAGAGAGAAGUGGGUCGGAGAAAAAUCUGUUUAAAAAUAUCAUCCCCGUUUGUGUCCGUCUUCUUAAAUGAUCCAAAAAACCAGUCCUCCACUGCUCCAGGCUCAAGAUAUAGGAGACAAGAUGGAAACACUAAUGACGCAUCCAGUGUUAAAGGCCUUUGUGUGUGGUUCCAUCAGUGGAACCUGCUCCACCCUUCUCUUCCAGCCCCUAGAUCUGCUGAAAACCCGUCUGCAGACCCUGAAGCCUUCCGUCAAUGGAUCAGGUCAUGUUGGGAUGGUAGCUUUGUUCAUUAGGGUUGUUCGUACUGAAAGCCUCCUGGGGCUCUGGAAAGGGGUUUCACCAUCCUUCGCAAGAUGUAUUCCAGGGGUUGGGAUUUACUUCAGCACCUUGUACACAAUGAAGCAGUGCUUUUUCUCAGGUCGCUCCCCAACAGCCCUAGAGUCUGUCUUUCUGGGUGUUAGCGCCCGUACAGUAGCAGGAGUUUGUAUGUUGCCUGUAACCGUGGUGAAAACACGAUAUGAGAGUGGGAAGUAUGGCUAUGAGAGUGUAUAUGGAGCCUUGAGGAAUAUUUAUCGGACAGAAGGCACCCGGGGCUUGUUCUGUGGGCUGACAGCAACGCUCCUGCGCGAUGCACCUUUUUCUGGCAUCUAUUUGAUGUUCUACACCCAGACCAAAAAAGUUAUGCCUCAGGACCAGGUGGAUCCAGCUCUGACCCCCUUGGUGAACUUCAGCUGUGGAAUCUUUGCUGGAAUCCUGGCCUCACUGGCUACACAGCCUGCGGAUGUAAUCAAAACCCACAUGCAGCUGACACCUGAAAAAUACCGCUGGAUGGGGCAGGCCAUUGCCUCAAUCUUCAGGGACUGUGGAUUGAUUGGCUUUUUCCGUGGUGGAGUCCCCCGUGCCUUGCGGCGCACUCUGAUGGCAGCGAUGGCAUGGACUUUAUAUGAGCAGAUGAUGGCAAAAAUGGGACUCAAAUCUUGAAAGACUUUUAGUAGAGACCACCAGUCUAAGCCCUUCUUCUGCUCACAGGGAUCAGAUGGAGAAACUGGUGAUAUCCCAGUUGUGCUUGGGUGGACCUUUGUUCCACUGUGGUAGUGAUACAAUUUCGGACCAGGAGAGGACCAGACUGCCAAACAUGCCCUCUUUAACACAGGUACAAGUGGAGGGGAGAAAACUUUCACCAUGAUCUUCAGAGCAAAGAAUUUCAGGAAGACUGUACCAUUUAACUUCCUUGGCAGAUGAGAAGGUUUUGGGGUCCUAUGAACUGCAUGGUUACAAUAAAGAUUGUUCAAAGAAACGCCUUUAGAAUAGUCCUAUGUGCCCUGAGAAGCCUUUGCAUAGAAGCCAGCUGAGGAAUUUGGGGAAGAAGUGAUUGGACUUUGGACUACAGAGCUAAGCAACUUUAUAUGCUGGUGGUGUGCCCACUCUAUGAUUGGAGGCCAUGUGACAUGCACCCUGUUACCUCUCAGUGCACCCAAGGAAAAUGCACCAAAGAGACUGCUACAAGGGGUACAGCAUAACCAUUUGUUUCAGAGCUUGCAUAUUAUAUUAAUACAUGCAUUAGAGUGGCAGGGGGGAAAUGUGUGACUAAAAGGAAUGCGUGGACAUGUGCUCUUGCCAUACUUUGCACGGUAAUUUUGAUAUUGGAUAUUGUCAUUGAGAUUCCCGAGAACCACCUCUGUUGUGGCUUGCAGCCUUUAUGCCUCUUCCCUUGUGCUUUAGGUUGAAUUUCCCACAACAUGACCCAGAGUCUUAGAAGAAAACAUUUCCCACUGGCUUUAUUCUUUGCCUUAGCGGCAUUUGUUAUGUCUACUUACAUGACUCCUAUGGCAGGGCAAAAACACUGACUAUCUUGACAUAUGACUUCUAGAUGAGAGGUAGAAGGACAGAAAAUGGAUUUGCAAAAUGGAAUCUUUUUUAAAAUUCCAUUUACAGCCUCUCUGUACAAGCUGUUUUUCUUGCACUAUUUAAAUUGAACUGUGGCUUUGGACCACUAUUCAAGUUUAAUUACUGUGGAGGUAAAUGCAUCUGUAAUAAAACAUAUCAUGUAAGAAGUUUGUAUUCUACACUGUCAGUUACAUCUGUGGCUGCAAAAUGGACUAGCAUCAACUCUUUCCUCCCAAGUGAGGGGGAUGUUUAGGUUUCGUGUCAGAGCCUUUCUCUCUCUUGUUUUUAAAACAUGGGGACAAUUAGGAAACAGGUGGCAAACAAACUCCCCAGUGUGCUAGGGACAGCUACAUUGCCUUUGUUUGUGAGCAGUUCUGUGGAGCAAUGAGGACAAACAGCCUUAUGGGAAAUUGCAGGAGAGAUAGGUUACAUCUAGAUGGCAAAAGAAUAAAACAUCCCCCUCUAGUAAAUUUUAGAGCCCAGCUGAAGUGAUUGCAGGCUUGUGUUUUGGGGCUAAAAAUAGCUGUGUAAGUAUUUGGGUUUGGAGACCCUUCCUACUCACUGGGGGUAUGUCUACACUACAGCGCUAGUUCGAACUAACUUAGUUCGAAUUAGUUAAUUCGAACUAAGCUAGUUCGAACUAACGCAUCUA